AGUCACUCCCUCACUUACCACAACUUGACUUAACCACUGCAUCAGUUUAGAAGAAUCCUGGUUGACGGGAGGAAGGAGUUCUGCAUGUCACCGUCACCGCGCUGCAAAAAUCCAAAAAAGAUCUCUCUGCGCGCUCGUUGGAGGAAGAUUUCCCCUCCACGGCGCGUCCCGCGGAGCCGCAGUGCGUCACAGCCUUUCUGCUCAUUUGACCUGAGAAGAGGUUUGCGUUUGUCCGCAUCUGCAGCGGACUUGUUUUGUUUUGGUGCGCGGCAAUGAUGGCCACUUACCAGAGCUCAGAGGAUGACGCAAUGGCCCUGAUGAUCCAUGACACCAACGCGAACAAGGAGAAGGAGCGACCCAAAGAGGAGCCGGUCCAGGACAAAGUCCCCGAGAAGCCAGACCCGUCCCAGAAACCGCCGUACUCUUAUGUGGCUCUCAUCGCCAUGGCGAUCAGAGAGAGUUCCGAGAAGCGCCUCACUCUGUCCGGUAUUUACCAGUAUAUCAUCAGCAAGUUCCCCUUCUAUGAGAAAAAUAAGAAAGGCUGGCAGAACAGCAUCAGGCACAACCUGAGCCUCAACGAGUGCUUCAUCAAGGUCCCGCGCGAGGGCGGCGGAGAGAGGAAAGGGAACUACUGGACUCUGGACCCGGCCUGUGAGGACAUGUUUGAGAAAGGGAACUACAGGCGGCGCCGCAGGAUGAAGCGGCCCUUCAGACCUCCACCAACGCACUUCCAGCCGGGGAAGUCCUUGUUCGGAGGCGACGGUUACGGCUACCUGUCCCCACCCAAGUACCUGCAGUCCAGCUUCAUGAACAACUCCUGGUCACUAGGCCAGCCGCCCACCCCGAUGUCCUACACGUCCUGUCAGAUGACCGGCGGCAACGUGAGUCCAGUCAACGUGAAGGGCCUGUCGCCCCCCUCCUCGUAUAACCCUUACUCCCGGGUGCAGAGCAUGGCGCUGCCCAGCAUGGUGAACUCUUACAACGGCAUGAGUCACCACCACCACCCCGCGCAUCCACACCAUGCCCAGCAGCUGAGCCCGGCCACCGCGGCGCCGCCGCCCGUCUCCUCCAGUAACGGAGCGGGCCUUCAGUUCGCCUGCUCCCGCCAGCCCGCGGAGCUGUCCAUGAUGCACUGCUCUUACUGGGAACACGAGACCAAACACUCGGCGUUACACACGCGGAUUGAUAUUUGAGGUUUACCAGACUGUCAGCGUCAAAAACUGAGGACUCAAAGAGCGAGAGUUAAAUUCCUGUGAUUUCAACACCGAUUUUGUUUUUAUUUUUGAUUUUUGAAGAGACUUUUGUGACGAGCUGGUCGGGUCCAGCUGACACGAGGAGGUUACAGUAUGCGCGAGGAGGUUUUACGAAAUGGAAACGGGAGGUAAAGGAGUCACCGGGACGCAUCAGGUAGCUCAACCUCUGGGAGCAAUUUCGUGUUACGCUUGGACUGAAGUUCAUAACUCGUAGUCUAAUGCAAUGUGCAUUCGAAAACAUAUAUAUAUAUAUAUAUAUAUAU